AUGGAGGACGUGGAUCUAACGCCGCAUCAGGAGCUACAGUCGGUUGAAGGUAAGAGACCAGAAGAGACGCAGACACCUCAGGAGACGGCGGAGGAGAUUAAUGAAGACAAAAAAGUUGUAAAUGAGGAGAAAGAGACGACUCAGGAGCAAGAAAAAGAGGAAUUAGAGAAGGAAGAAGGAGAAGAAAGUGAAGAAGAACUGACGGUGAUGUCUGUAGAGACGAGAGAGCAGGAACAAGACACAGAGAAGGACGUAGUUGCUGAAGUUGAAGACGAGGCGACAGUGGAGCAGACGACUGAUAUCGUAGCUUCAAGUGUGGAUGAGACUAAAGCUGAGGCUGAGAAGACGGAGACGAAGUCAGUGGAGACGGAGACUGCAGUUGGUGCUGAAACAAUUUCAUCAAGUGAAGUUUUUGUGAAGUUGAAAGACGAAAAAGACGAGGAAAAGAUGAAGGAGAUCUUUCCAAGGAUGGAGUUGGUCGAUGUGAAGCAUUCAAAAGAAGAAGAGAUACAAAAAAGUGAAGAACAAUUAACACAAGAGCUACCGCGGGCUGAAAUUCCUGCUGAUGAAAAGGAAAACGGCGUUUUGACUAAUCCCACUACGGACAAAAUGGUAGCGGACGAAGAGAAGAGGGACGAUAAUUCACUGAGUGUUGACACGCAGAAUGUUAACCACCAGAUGCAAUUGCCGUUUGCUCCAUCGAAAUUUGUAGCACCGUCACCUACGCCUAUUCGACCACUGAGUGGAGAUCCGCGUGCGAUGAAACAGCUUCAGAAAGGUGACAUUUCUAGCACCAAUAGCGCGCCUAACAUUGCAAGCAAUGUAUCUUUUUCAAAUGAGCAGAACGACGCUGCUGGUACCAACAACAGUUCCACGAGUAGCAACGCGGUGUCGCAGUCUCAAAUGUUCUACCACCAGACGAAUGCACCGUCAUUUUAUACCACACCUCAGGAUGGCCCGCCUGUUGGACUUGCAAUGACGGAGCAAGGCCAAGUUAAUGCUUCUGCUGCGAGCAACCAGAUUAAUCGAAACAACCAAGACAACCCAAGUUGGAACUCGCAAGCCGCGCAAGGGCUUUCUACGGCAAAAGUUACACCCGCGAGGCCAAAUCGCCAAAGGGGUAGUGAGCCGAGUCUAAAUCCUGCUCCAUUUGCCGCUAAAUCUCUUGUGCCGCAGCGUUUGGACGAAAACUCGUACGCUCUGGAUCGCGCAAAUUUGAGUCGUCUGGGCUCGUACGCAAAAAAAUCACUAACCCCGGCUCAGGCUAGUGCCCUCGCUAUAGAUGUCUUACGGGCGUCAACCGGCGCCGAAAAUGCAAGAGCAUACGGGUGGAAAAAUCCAUUUUCAACCGACGAGUAUGAGGUCCUGCUUCAAAAGGGAUCUAUUGGAUUGUGUAUGAAUAUGAGUGUUCGCAUGGGCUCGGUUUCUGUGACGAGUUUUCGCCGUCCUGAGGAAUCUAUGAUGGGACCUGCUGAAGCGUGCGGUAUGAUUUCUAUUGGCGAUGAUUUGAUUGCCGUCGACGGCUUUCUUGUUCAAAGCCAAGAAGAUUUCGCACGUGUGGUUUCACGUCUCAAGUCGCUGCGUCCAGUAUUGUUGCGUUUUCGUCGACCUGGUGGAAACGGCCUUUUGAGCAGCCUAAAUCGUGAUUUCCAGGGCUACCGCAAGGGGCAACAGACGUCAAUAGUUGGUUUGGACAACCCUCAGCUAUUUACCGCUGGGAUGUGGCAUAUGGGCGUAAGAUACAUCUCUCCAAGCCAGUGGGCCGCCGAGUUGCAUGUAGACGGUGGCGGUAUUCGACGACUGGGACUCUUCUCUACGGAGAAGGAAGCAGCAAUAGCAUACAACCAGUACAUUCAUCAAACGUACGGUAAUGGAGCAGUUCAGUUCAUGAACCCUGCAGGCAAUGGCGCAAAUUCCAACAUUCCUGUUGCGAUCUCAAACGUUCGAGAAAUGCAGCCCAUUCAGCGUCGACGGCCAGUCCUUCGUGCUGCAUUCACCGUGGAACAGAAAGAGCAGCUACGUGCUCAGAUCAUGGUGUUUAAGUUUACAUCUACUGGUGGUAACAUUCCAAACGAGAUUCUGAGCCGCGCGUUGAAGACAACGGCUCACAACUUCAUCCAGCCUACUGCAAACAGAAACAAAAGAAAGAACUUUGCCCCGAAAAGUUUAGAUGAAGAUGACGAUGAAAGUGGCUCUGACGAUGAGUAUUCUGGCUCGAAGGUUUUGAAGGAAGAGCAACCGGCUCGCCGAUCAGGACGUAAUGUCGGUAAGUUGAAGAAGAAAUAUGUAGAUGAGCGGCUUGACUUCGAGUUGAGCGAUGAAGAGAAGGCCUCACAUCCCAAACAAAAGGAAGCACCGAAGGGCCCACAAAUCGAUACUAUUGUUAGUGUGCGUUUCCACAAGCACACCUUGAAGGACACUGACGUUUCAAUGGAGUUCCUGAUCAAGUGGAAGGACACUUCGUAUCUUCACGUGAAUUGGCUUUCUGUUAGACAAAUUGAAGAAUUCGGACAACACGCUAUCCAGCGUAUGAAACGGUAUCUUCAGAAAAACAGUCGCCUUGUGGAAGAGGCACGAGAAACUGUCGUUGUUGGUGAAGAGAAGGAUCUCAGCAACUAUUUUAGCGACUCAUACAUUGAAGUUGACCGUAUUCUGAAUGCAAAAGAAGUCGUGGAGUUUGAGGAAUCGAACCCAUACUUGGUUCAUCUCCUAGAAAGGAAUGUAAAUGGCGCUCAACACGAACCGAAGGCACCAAAGAAAAAGGGUAUCAAGUACCUUGUGAAAUGGCGCGACAUGAGCUAUAUUGAUUGCACCUGGGAAUGGGAAGAUCAGCUCACAGAUGAUCGUAAAAUUGCCGCCUUCCAUCGUUUUAAUCAUCCUCCGAUUAUUAAUGGUGCCCACCCUGCAACAUAUGCUGAUAUUCGACCCGAGCCGGCCACUUGGGCAAAGUACCUAGAAUCUCCUGCCUAUAACAAUCAGAACACGCUGCGGUCAUACCAACUCGAAGGUCUCAAUUGGCUAACGUUUUGCUGGUACAAUCGUCGCAAUUGCAUUUUGGCUGAUGAAAUGGGUUUGGGUAAGACAGUCCAAGCGACUUCUAUCCUUGAACAUUUGCGUCAGCGGGAGUUUAUUCGAGGUCCGUUCUUGGUUGUUGCCCCACUUGCAACGCUGGGAAACUGGAAGCGAGAGAUCGAAACAUGGACUUCGAUGAAUUGUGUUGUGUAUCAUGACUCGGAGGGAGGAUCCGACAUCCGCGCUUUUAUUCGUGAACAAGAAUUUCACUUUGCGAGUGAAAGUCAUCGAAAGCGGGGUAUUUACAAGUUUAACGUACUGGUGACUUCAUACCAAACGCUUAUGAUGGAUGCAGAUUUCCUAGAGUCCAUCCAUUGGCGGUAUAUUGUGAUCGACGAAGCUCACAAGCUAAAAAAUCGUGAAGCGAAGCUACUUCAGGUACUUCACGGCUUUACGUGGGAUUCUUGCCUUUUGAUGACGGGCACACCGCUGCAGAAUGGUGUGUUCGAGCUUUGGUGUCUGUUAAACUUCAUCGAGCCCGAAAAAUUUCCGAGCCAGCAAGAGUUUUAUGAUGAAUUUGGUGAUCUGAAUACGGCGGAACAAGUUGCUCAAUUGCAUGAACAGUUGAGACCGUAUAUGCUUCGUCGAGUAAAGGAGGACGUGGAAAAGAGUAUUCCGCCAAAGGAAGAGACGAUUGUUGAUGUGGAGCUGACUACGAUGCAGAAAAAAUAUUACCGAGCUAUCUUUGAGCGCAACCGCCAGUUUUUGAACAUGGGAGCGACCGGUACUGUCGCCAAUCUGGUCAAUGUUGAGAUGGAACUGCGCAAGUGCUGUAAUCACCCUUUUUUGAUUCGCGGCGUUGAGGACAAGGAGUGCAUGGGCAUCGACGAGAAACUACGGAUGAAGGUUCUAAUUCAAGCUAGUGGUAAAACGGUGUUACUUGAGAAGUUGUUGACCAAGUUCCGUCAGGAACAGAAGAAGGUGCUUAUCUUUUCUCAAUUCAAGAUUAUGCUGGAUAUCAUUGAAGACAUGUGCCAGUUACGAGGGUACAGUAUGGAGCGCCUUGACGGAUCUGUGCGUGGAAACUCACGUCAGGCGGCGAUUGACCGUUUUAAUAACCCAGCUUCAAACACAUUUGCGUUCCUCUUGAGUACCCGCGCUGGUGGCGUUGGUAUCAAUUUGAUUGCGGCGUCGGUUGUGAUCUUGUUUGACAGCGACUGGAACCCUCAAAACGAUCUCCAAGCUGUCGCACGUUGUCACCGCAUUGGUCAAACACAGUCGGUGAAUAUCUAUCGUUUGGUGACGAAAAAGACAUACGAAGCCCAGAUGUUUGAGAUUGCGUCAAAGAAGCUUGGUAUGCACCACGCCGUGUUCGAGACUGGUGGGGUUCGCAACGAGUUCGACGGCGAAGAUGACAGUGGUGCGAAUAUGAUGUCUUUGAUGUCAUUAGAUCGCGAGAAGGUUGAGAUGAUGAUCCGAUAUGGGGCUUACGCUAUUAUGGGCGAAGAAGACGAGCUGGAUCCCGAAAACCGCGCUAUUAAUGAACUUGACAUCGAUCAUCUACUGUCCACCAGUCGAACAAUCAGAUAUGACCCGACAAAAUCUCGGAACGAUAAGAAUAGCGGAGACGGCGACAGCAAUACGAGACCGGCGACUGCAUCUCAGACAAGUGCUCUCUCGUUCUCGAAAGCAACGUUUACGUCAGAAUCAGCCGACACGACAAUUGAUUUUAAUGACGAGAAGUUUUGGGAAAAGGUUCUUGGCCCUCAGCCUGUGCAGGUGCUCAUGACAAAGGUCCAAGAAGGUUGGCUCAAGACGGCUUCACAAGACGAGGUAAAGGGAUUUCUUCUGCAGUUGCGUGAACUGGCUCGUGCAGUUGUGAAGGAGCGGCAGCGAGGCAAGUCUCUAGCAGAUGCUGAUCAAGUUCUCGCUAUUUUGAUUGAGUUGAAGGUCACUGGUUGUGUUAUUAAAGGAGUAGUUAACGUUCGUGAGGUUGCCGCCGAAUGGCUUCAGCUGAUUGAGCGACCCAGACGUCGGCGUAGCGAAGACGUAGGGGAGCAGUCAAUGUAUCUUGCGUUUCUUGAUGGACCUAAGGAGCAGCCUCCGAAGAAAAAGAAAGGUGGUGUCCGCCGCAAGCAGAAGCAGAAAUCAAACGGCAGGAAUAAGGAUCAGAGGCGUAGUAAGAGUGACGACGAGUUUGCUGAAGGUGAUGUCGAACUAUCAAAGCACACGAAAGCAGCCCGCCAAGCAUCUAGUGGUAGGAAAUCCAGAGCCUUUUCACCAAGUGGCCGCGUGCUGAGUGGUAUUCAUAUUUCGCUGAAAAGAUCCAAGAGCAUCGAUAAAUUUAGCGUUGUGAAAGUGAUUAGCAAGAUUCGAAAAGUGCAGAAGAAGCUUGAUAAGUCGUCGAGCGAUGGAGACUUUCGGACCGCCCCCGUCAAGAGUAAACAUCUUGAUAGAAAACGGCCGAAGGCUGUACCAGUGGACGAAGACGAGGAACACGGAAGUGGUUCCGAGGAAGAGGAAGAGGAGGAAGAGCAGGAGGAGGAGGAAGAAGAAGAAGAGGAGGAGGAAGAAGAAGAAGCAGAAGAAGACGCCUAUGAGGAUAAUGAGGAGGCAGAGAAGAAGCUUUUUCGAAGCCGGCCGCAAAAAGCGGCAAAAGCUAGAGGCAAGUCUCGAAAGGCUGCCAAGGCCCACGUUGACCCGCAGGAGGAUGAAGAGAUGUGGUGUCGUGUAUGCUUUAGCGACCAAGGCUACCUUGACGAUCCCAUCGUACAAUGUGAGAAAUGUUCUGUCGCUGUUCAUCAGUACUGUUAUGGAAUUAAAUCAGUACCCGAAGGCGAUGAGCCGUGGUUUUGCGACUACUGUGCUGAACCGACACGUCCUCUUGCUGAUGCGCCGUGCGAGUUGUGUCCUUUAAAGCGCUCCAAUAGCGCAUUCAAAAAAACGUGCGAGGGUAAAUGGGUCCACGUAGUGUGCGCCCUGUGGGCGCCUGGUGUUCAGUUUUCCGACGUAGAGCGCAUGAAUGGGGUAAGACAUGUAGCUGCUGCUGCCGCCGAGAUGAAGGGCUCAACUUGCGCUCUGUGCGGGAAGAGGGGUGGCAUCAAAUGCAUGCGGAGCUCAUGUUCGACGUAUUUCCACCCUCUGUGUGGCCGUGAAACCCGAGGGGUUUACGAUAUGUUUAUGAAAGAAGGGGGACAAUUGCAAGCGUUCUGCCAGAAGCACCGGACGCACCGGAAGCGUAGUUAG